AUGGCCUACUCCAGGCAUCUGGUCCUCCUCCUCACCGUCUUGCUGAGCCUGGCAGAAACACCAGAAUCUGCGCCUGUUCACAGAGGACGAGGAGGCUGGACCCUCAAUAGUGCUGGUUACCUUCUGGGUCCUGUCCUUCACCUUUCCUCAAAGGCAGACCAGGGCAGGAAGAGGGACUCAGCUCUUGAGAUCCUAGACCUGUGGAAGGCCAUUGAUGGACUCCCUUAUUCCCAUGCUCCAAGCAAGACCAAAAGGACAGUGGUUGAAACGUUUUUCAAACCAAAGAUUAGAGAUCUGCAGGACAAGAAUGUUCCCAGGAAAGAAGCCACCCUGAAGUUAUAG